CUUCAUCAUUGCCUUCUUCAAUUCACAGAAAAUGGGCUUUCAUUUUGGUUGCAAAUGGCUUUUGUUAACACUCCUGUUAGCCUCACCGGCGGUGAGCUUUAUAGCAGGAGAUGCAGAGAAAGACAGGGAGGAGUGCACGCAGCAAUUGGCUGGAAUGGCGACGUGUCUAGCGUACGUGAGCGGUGACGCAAAGGCUCCAACGCCGGACUGUUGCAGUGGGCUGAAGGGCGUGCUUAAAAGCAACAAGAAAUGCUUGUGCGUUAUAGUGAAAGACCGAAAUGACCCUGACUUGGGGCUUCAGAUUAAUGUCACCCUUGCCUUGGGCCUGCCUGAUGUCUGCCACGCCCCUGCCAAUGUCUCAACUUGUCCUGCUCUCUUAAACUUGCCACCCAGUUCACCGGAGGCUCAAGUUUUCUAUCAAUUUGGCAAGGCGCAAAGCUCCUCUGCUGCUGCAGCUCCCAUAAGUCCUUCUCCUGCCAUUAACUCCACUGGUGGAGGAGGCAGUAGAAAUGGAACAGAUAAGGGUGAAGCUUACACCGUUGGAAACAAAUGGCUGCCAUUGAAGACUUUGUUUGUUGGAGCUCUUUUGGUUUUGUUUUUGUUGGAUUCUUGUCGUGUUUAGACGAACUGUUUUGAGUAUAUUAUUGUGUUAUGUUCGAAUAUUAGUAUUGUAAUUUGUGUUUUUAAACGGUUCUGUUUUACACGAGAGUGGAGUUAGAGAUGGAAUUUAUGUUC